GCAACGAAGUCGAAACAAAAACAAAUCACAAAAACUCAAAAAUCCAAAUUUUGGCUCGAAUCGUAAUGGAAACGCCUCAGAAUUCCAUAUCUAGCAAAGAAUUUCAGGUGACUGGUGUGUCGCGUAGUGGACGCGUACGCAAGAAAUCAUCCAAACUACUCGACUUUCAGUCACCAGAUGAAGUGGAGAAGAAGCUAAAAAGAGCGGCAAAACCGCUGACGCGUAACGGUAAUGUUCGUGGCAGAAAUAUCUUCAAUGCUGGGAUGCGACCCGCCCGUAGAACCCACUUGAACAGUGGAGGUGAAUUAGGAGGUGAUAUUAGUGAUUUAGCUGAAGACGAUAAUGAAUUGCAUGAUGAAAUGACGGAUAACGGUACAGAUGGCGAGAACUUCGGGGAUGUUAAUACACCAACAGGUGACUCUGAUGAAGAUCUCAAGGAGUUAGUAGCAGGAAUUGUCGAUGGUGAAGCUACUGAUAGCGCCGGUAAUACGGAGUCAAAAGUGCGCCAAAGUUUAUACAUGACGGAAAAAGCAAAUAAGCGUAGAGUACUGAAAGAUGGGCGUGUUGUGACGGGGAAGGUGGAGCGCAAAGAUAAAGGCAAGACACGUUAUACAGCAUACAGCAUGUGGGCUCGGGAAUUACGUAAAUCCGGUAAACUAAGCAAGGGUCAAGAUUUAGAUUUUUCGAAUGCCGCCAAACGUCUUGGUGAAUUAUGGGCGAAUGUUUCGAAUAAAGAGAAAGACUCCUGGCGACGGAAAGCUAAAAUUCAAGCCACUAAAGCCAAGUCGCGGGAGCGUAUAACCACGGCCCCUGAGAACCCUUACAUGUCAUACUAUAAGCCAACUACAAGUCGCACCAAAAAGCUAGCAGAAGAACGGCAACAGUCGCCGCAAUCCAUUGUGAGCACUGCAAUUACGAAAGUUAAGCCACGAGGCAAUUCUUUUUCCGUGACAACUAACGUCGGAGAAUCGUUAACCACAGGGCUGACACCCAAACGAAGACGAAACAAUAGCCACAGUCGGGUCAGUGUGACUGGAGCUUUAACUGGUAGUAACAGCCUUUCCGCGCAUGUGUCCCUUGCUAACAAUAUCCAAGCAAACAGCAAAUUAACACACAUCACAGCAGUCACUUCACAUACCACAAAUUCGCACAACAAUAAGACGGUUUUGCCGAACGUAGAGCCUAUCGAUACGGCAGCGCAUCUUAAAUUGCUUGGGGAGAGUCUAACCAUUAUUGGUGAGCGACUUAAAGAACAUGAGGGGCAAAUCGCUGUGUCCGGUAGCCUUUCCGUAUUGCUGGAUAGUCUGCUUUGCUCUCUAGGUCCUCUUCUGUGCCUCACAACACGCAUACCCGGUUUGGAACGAAAGUCCCAACUAAGUGAAAAUCUAGCAGCGACACUGGACAAUAUUGCGUACGUCAUGCCGGGUCUUUAGUGUGCUAGGUAUCAAUUAAAAAACUGUAUUUUAUUUGCUAAUAUAUGUAGUUGAUCUUUUCUUAGCUAGUAAGCGAUGCCCGUAUCAGGCAAGUGUUGUGAAAAUGUAAGAGAAGAAAUAAAAGUUUAUAUGU